GUACAGAAAGUCACCGUCGAGGAAAGUCGACUAAAACCAUUGGUGUUUAAUUUUAUUGAGAAAGCCUAUUGAUAUUUCAAUAUUACUGCUUUCGCUAGCUGGAUAUAUGAUUAUUCGUUAAAAUUAUGCAAUGAUGGACUUCCACUUAUUGGUUAUUAUCAGCUGCGUAUUUCUCGCCUCCCUUCUCUCGCUGCUUUUCAUUAAUAAAUUUUUCCGUCGCAAAACAUUCGAGGAGGUUGUUGCCGAAAAAAAGGCACUAACCGAUAAAAUUUACGCUCAGAGUAAAGUAGGCGUAAAGAAGCCUAAAAAACAGCAACCCACUAAAAAGGAUCUUAAACGUGAAAAGAAAAAGUUACAACGCGAACAACAAAAGGAAAAUACCGAGCAAGAGGACUCCGAUGCACAAUCCGAACAGCCAUCGGUGGAGGAUGAGCCUCAGGGCUUAUCUAAAACUCAUGUCGAAUUUGACCCAGACCCAGAGGUGAUUGUUGGCGCUACGCCCGAAGCUGUAAGACGUGCCAGCAUCGCUGAAAAGGAGAACUUGUCGAAGCAGAAAUCGAAGAAGGAGAAGAAGAGCAAAUCGUCGGGCAUUUUGGUGAACAAGAAUGAACCGGUAGUAGUGCGUGAGAACUUGGUGAUUGAGGAGCCCGCAAACACAUUCGAGAUAAAGCAACCCAAGGAUAUACUCGAGUUGAAAAAACACGAGAAGAAGGAUAAUAAGAAGGAAAAGAACAUUAAAAAAGAAAAAAAUGUGCCAGUUGAAAAGCAAGCUCCGGUAGUAGUUGUUGAGCAACAACAGCAGCCGGUCGCCGAAUCUGUAACGCACACGCAUGUAGCCAAGGAGCUAAAACAGCAGGAUGACAAAACUCGUCACGGCUCGCCGAAAACACAUGUCUCUAACAGUGCCAGUGGCAACAAUAAAACCGUCAAGCAACAAAAUAAAAAGCAGAACAAAGAAACCGCCGCCACUAAAGAGCUGGUACUUGCACUGGAUAAGCUUUCCGACUCUGAUACGAUUGGCGUUUCGUUGCUCAUGAAUCUCUUCCGUCGUUCUGAACUCAAUCGAUCCGAGAUCCAGAUACUUAUCGAUUAUUUGCUGAACAAGCAGCAGGACACACCAGCAACACAUUCGGAAUGGUCGGACGAUAUAUGUCAGAAAUUGAAACGUCAAUUGGAAGAGAAAGAGAAAGCUUUGACUGAGGAGCAGGAAGCUUCUAUGGGAAUUCAGGCUAAACUGCGUGAAUUGCGCACUGAAAUCAAUACCGAGCGCGCUCAGUUAAAUGCCACUGUGAAAGUAUAUGUUGAGAAAUUGCAGUCCAAGGAGCAGGAGAUUACCGCACUCAAUCAGGAAAUACAAGUUCUCAACGAUAAAUUUGCACAAGAGCGCAAACAAUUCCAAGCCAAGCUUUUACUUGAGAAGCAAAAUGGUUCUCAAGACCUAUUCGCACAACUACAACGUAUACAAAGCGAGUUGGCGCACAAGGAUAAGUGUAUCAAUGAUUUGACCUGUUUGGUGAACGCCUGUAACCAGGCGAAUGAAGAGCUCAAACAACAAGUAAGUCUUCUCGAGCAGCAGCGCGAAGAACUCGAACAAGUCUCGAACAACCGCAUUUUCGAACUCGAAAAGGCAAAAGCACUCGAAAUCGAAAAUGCCGAACGUAAGCUGGAAUUACAUAACUUACAGAAUGCGCAUGAAUCAACCAAGGCCGAUUUGGCCCAAGCUCGCCAAGAGCUCGACACGUCUGCGGCUCGUAGUACUGAAUUGGUGGAGAAGCAAAACCAGAUAGUUGCACUGCAAGCUAAAAAUGAGGAGCUGCUGCAGCAAUUGGCUGGUAUCAAUAGCCAAGCAGCAGAACAAUCUGGUUUACAGACAACACUCGGUAUACUCCAGUUACAAUUGGCCGAAAAGGAAAAUUUGUUGGCUGAUUCGAUUAAAAAUAAUACGUGCGUUGCGACAAAAGUCGGAAAUUUAGAAGUGCAAAUGCGACUUAAUGCACAACAUCAUCACGAUUUGCAGAAGUUGAUUGAUUCACUGCAACGUGAUAUCGCAAGCAAGCACCAGCAAUUGCAGCAUGUCGAACAGACCGUGGAGCUGAGCAGCCGAGAAAAGGAGGUGCUGCAGCAGCUGCACGAGCAGAAAGAGAAGAACGAUGAUUUGCGUAAGAAAAACUGGAAGUUGGUUGAAGCUUUGCAAAGUGCUGAAACAACAGCUAGACAGAAUAAAGCGCCUAAGAGCGCAAAUGAAAGCCUAGUUCAACAGCAGCAACUUUUCGCCGCUUCACAGAAACAACAAUCCUCCUCCGCCACAGCCAAUGCCGCAACAACAGUUUCUGCUUUUGAAGAGAAACAUAUACGUGAAAUAUUCCAGCGCCUUUAUCCAGAUGCUGCUAAAGCUUGUGCCAGCACAGCACUCAGUGCAUCCUUUGAACAGUGGGUAGAACAAGUUUUGGCCACACAACUGAAAUUGACAACAGCUAGUAAAGCGGCUAGCAGCAGUAGUAACAAAUCUACACAAUCGAGUAGCAGCAAUAGCAGUAGCAGUAAUCACACCCCUUCAACCCACACCAACAAUAAUUCCCAUAAUGAUAACUUAACAAAUAAUAGCAAUAAUCGUAUUAGUAACAAUAGUACUGGGGAUGGCGAAAAUAGUGGUAGUGGUGGCAGCGGCAACGAUAUUGAUGCCGUUGAACUACGUCUGCAGAAUACUCAACUCCGCGCCAAGGUGGAUGAGUUAACCAAGCUGGUUACAAAAACCAGUAACACAUUGUCAGCUCUCGAAGGGCACGCCCGCCAGGAACAUGAGAAAUGGCAAAGCAUUUUACUAUCAAAAGAAGAAGAAAUUUCUAGGUUACAACACUCAAAUGGAGCGCAGGACAUUUAAUGUCGCAUAACUGAAGUUUGUUUAAGCGUGAAAGUGAAAUGCAGUUAAGAUGUAAUGCCUUCCAAAAAUACAACAAAAAAUUGUUAAAAAACAUUUAAACUAAAACAUCAAAAAACUACAUACACCAGAAACGAAAACCGGACAGCCAAGCAAGAAUACCGAGUAUGAAUUGCAUUGAUUUAUAUAUAUAUAUAUAUAUAUGCACACCAGAUGCAUGGCCCGCAAGCAAGCUGCUUAGAAUAGCAUUAGAAGGCCGAAGUGAGAUGAGGUGAAAUGAUUGCCGAUUCUGCGAACAAAAAAGUUAGUAAACAAUGAGUUUCGGAAGAAAAUGCAGCCUCUGCGAGCGAGUGCGCACGCGACUUGGAUUAUUGAGCGAAAAAAAAUAGUAAUUAACAAACAGCAGCAACAUGAAACAUUCUAAAAUUAUGUUACAGUACAUAAAAGAAGUAAAAAUGAUACAAAAAGAUAUUAAAAAAAGAAACAUAAAGCAAACUUACAAAUACUUACUAUAAACAAUAAAUAGUGAAUAAAUAUAAAAGUGAAACAUUAUCAAGAAAACUAAAUUUUAGUUUAGUCUGAAAUCUGUGCAAUGUUUGAUGAUCGAUGAGCAAAGCGAAAGAAAACAAAAAACGUAAAUAUAGAGUAUAUGAAAAGUGAGUGGAAAUCAAUGCAAAAAAAUUCACAGGACUGCGAACAUUAAAUGCAAAAAAUCAACAAAGUAAAAGCAAGCACUAUUACAUAUUAUUAGUUUUAAAUAAAGGAAUUUAAUUAUUAGACAAUGCCAUGUGAAGAGUUAUGUGGUGUAGGGACGUACAUCCAUGUACUAAGAAUGAGCUGCUUAGCUGACCGCAUUGCGCUGUUAUGUUCUUUGCAUUUAUACAUAUACAUACAUACGUACAGAAAAAAACAUACUUACACAUAAACAAUUAAUGUUAUUUUAUACGCUACAGAUGAUGGUGAAAAAUUGAG